GUCACAGCUCUCACUGCCCACCACUCUUUCCCAGUCCCUCCAGCCGCCUCGGUUCCGCGCGGAGCAAGAGAUUGCGCAAGCGCGGGGGCUGUCGACGUGGCCGCGAGAGACCCUGGUUGGGGGUCCGCGCUGAGCCGCUGGCUUGCGUGGUUCUCUCGGGGCCUUUCGCACCAGCUCCUUUACUUGCCCCACAGAGUUUUACGGUCACUCCGGGAUUCGAAACGGACUGACGUCUCCCCAGACACCAUUCAGAAGAAAUGGAGCAAGAGCCACAAAAUGGAGAACCUGCUGAAAUUAAGAUCAUCAAGGAAGCAUACAAGAAGGCCUUUUUAUUUGUUAAUAAAGGAUUGAAUACAGAUGAAUUAGGUCAAAAGGAAGAAGCAAAGAACUACUAUAAGCAAGGAAUGGGACACCUGCUCAGAGGAAUCAGCAUUUCUUCAACAGAGCCUGAACAUGUAGGCCCUGGGUGGGAAUCUGCUAGACAGAUGCAACAGAAAAUGAAAGAAACGCUACAGAAUGUACGCACCAGGUUGGAAAUUCUAGAAAAAGGUCUUGCCACUUCUCUACGGAAUGAUCUUCAGGAGGUGCCCAAGUUAUAUCCAGAAUUCCCUCCUAAAGAUAUGUACGAAAAGUCAUCGGAGCCUCAGCCCUUUAGUUCACCUCCUCAGCACACUGAAGUAAAUGGAAACACUUCAGCUACGAGUUCCGGGUUGGUUCCCCCAUCUAGUUCUCUAUCUUUACCAUCUCAAAGUCAUCCAGCAGAAGCACCACCUGCUUAUACUCCUCAGGCUGCUGAGGGUCACUACACUGUAUCCUAUGGGACAGAAUCUGGGGAAUUUUCAUCAGUUGGAGAAGACUUUUACAGGAAUCAUUCUCAGCCACCUCCUCUUGAGACCUUAGGGCUAGAUGCAGAUGAGUUGAUUUUGAUACCAAAUGGAGUACAGAUUUUUUUUGUAAAUCCUGCAGGGGAGGUUAGUGCACCUUCAUAUCCUGGGUACCUUCGAAUUGUGAGGUUCUUGGAUAAUUCUCUUGAUACAGUUCUAAAUCGUCCUCCUGGGUUUCUUCAGGUUUGUGACUGGUUGUAUCCUCUAGUUCCUGAUAGAUCUCCAGUUCUUAAAUGUACUGUGGGAGCCUACAUGUUUCCUGAUACAAUGUUACAAGCAUCCGGAUGCUUUGUGGGGGUCGUCCUGUCUUCUGAAUUACCAGAAGAUGAUAGAGAACUCUUCGAGGAUCUAUUAAGACAAAUGUCUGACCUUCGGCUCCAGGCCAACUGGAACCGGGCAGAAGGAGAAAAUGAAUUCCAAAUCCCUGGAAGAGCAAGAUACCCCUCUGACCAAUUGAAGGAAGCCGGUGGCCGUGGUCCUUCACUGGACCAAGGCAGUAAGGAUGUGCGUCAUAAAGGAAAACGGGGGAAAAAGGCUAAAGAUACUUCAAGUGAAGAAGUUAAUCUGAGUCACAUUGUACCCUAUGAGCCAGUUUCAGAAGAAAAAGCAAAGGAAUUACCUGAAUGGAGUGAGAAAGUGGCUCAAAACAUUUUGUCAGGUGCUUCCUGGGUGAGUUGGGGUUUAGUCAAAGGUGCUGAAUUUACUGGCAAAGCAAUCCAGAAGGGUGCUUCUAAACUUCGAGAACGGAUUCAACCAGAAGAAAAGCCAGUGGAAGUUAGUCCAGCUGUGACCAAGGGACUUCAUAUAGCAAAGCAGGCUACCGGAGGAGCAGCGAAAGUCAGUCAGUUUCUGGUUGAUGGAGUUUGUACUGUAGCAAGUUGUGUGGGAAAGGAACUAGCUCCACAUGUCAAGAAACAUGGAAGCAAACUUGUUCCAGAAUCUCUUAAAAAAGACAGAAAUGGGAAGUCUACUUUGGAUGGUGCUAUGGUCGUAGCAGCAAGUAGUGUUCAAGGAUUUUCAACUGUCUGGCAGGGAUUGGAAUGUGCAGCUAAAUGCAUUGUUAGCAAUGUUUCAGCAGAAACUGUACAGACUGUCAGAUACAAAUAUGGGCAUACUGCGGGAGAAGCUACACAUGAUGCAGUAGAUUCUGCCAUAAAUGUUGGUGUAACUGCCUAUAAUAUCGACAACAUUGGUAUCAAAGCAAUGGUGAAGAAAACAGCAAAACAAACAGGACACACACUUCUUGAAGACUAUAAAAUAAUUGAUAGUUCUAAGGGGAAAAAUCAAGAAGAAGGAGCAAAUGUAAAUAUGAAAGGGGAGAAGGAUGAGCAGGCAGAGGAACUCGAGAAGAAUGAGGCAAAGAAGAAAGAUAAAUGAUGGAAGUGCUGUAAAUUGCCUAUACCAAAGCCUUAGAAGAUGGAUGCCAUUUUGCUAAAUAGGGAAAUGCAGAAUUUCCAACAGAUUAACCAGUAUUUUAAAAAUGUAUUCAUUCCUACAAAGUGACUGUUUCAUAAGCCUUAUAGCAUAUAUUCUACUUACCAGGAAAAGAAUCAGUAUUCUUGCAUCUGAUCUUUAGAAAUAGUUAUAUUCUCCAUAAGUUUAUUUUUUUCUAAAUGUGGCUAAAAUAUUUUUGCUGUUAAAAUAAAACUAAUAAUACAUGUGCUAUAAACCUCAUUAAACCUUAUGUUAAACUA